AUGUCGUCGAAGAAAGAGGAUCAUGCCGCCUUGAAAGACAUGUCAAAGCCUACACGGCCUCCAUUUUCACAACCAUCGCCAUUAUCAUCAGCAUCGCCACAUCGAAUCUUGCCACUGAGUGCUGAAGCCAUCUCACAAAUUCAUUCCUCGAAACACAUCACCAGCUUGCAGGCCGUGGUGCUUGCCUUGCUGGAGAACAGUCUGGACGCCAGAUCAAGCGAAGUUGACAUCUCGGUUGACUGGAGACGAGGAGGCUGUUCAAUCAACGACGAUGGCGUCGGCAUCCCCCGAGCAGAGUUUGCCGAGAUUGGUGGUCUUGGAAGGAUGUACUGUACUUCGAAACGUGCUCCUGUUGGAACUUUGUCAACCAGCCCGACUACCACUUUCCAUGGUUCGAACGGCACUUUCCUGGCUGAGCUAGCAGCAAUGUCGUUGCUGAGCAUUACAUCCAUGCAGACAGGCGACCACGAUUCGUCAACCUUGGCCCUUCACCAAGGCAAAACCAUCACCCGAUAUAUGGCUCCUCUAAACAAUGUGAACUUACCCAGCACUUGUCGGCUUCAUGGUACGAACAUAUCAGUGCGGGACCUGUUUGGCAACAUGCCGGUUCGUGUCAAGCAGCGUGCAUUGGUGGCCGAAGGUAGUCACGACAAAGACAGACACGAACUUAAAAGAGGCAUUGUUGCGCUUCUUCUCGCAUGGCCUCUUCCUUGCGCAGUCAAGCUUCGGGAUUCGAGCGGACAGCAUAAUGCUAUGAACAUCGUUGGUCACCAUCCUAGAGUGGCGUCGGCUCUCACGGAGAAGAGCCUCAAUCAGCUCUCUGGCAAAAAGACCGAAUUCGAUCUACGUGAUAAUAUGCCAAUGCUGUUUCACGCCGGACUGGCUCCGCCGGAAUCUGCGUCUCGAUGGGUGCCACUAUCGGCUUCUACUCCUACAAUUGCUCUGAAAGGCAUGAUAUGUCUUGAUCCUGCUCCAACAAAGCAAUGCCAGUUUCUGGCACUGGGCAUCAGCCCUUGCGGAAGUGGUAGUGGUAACAACGAGCUUCCCGAUGCGGUCAACAAAGUCUUUGCCAACAGUAGCUUUGGUGUCGUAGAAGAACGGCCCGAAAGUGCUGGAAACGGUCAGGACCAAGAGACGAAUAGUGGAUACACAGAGAAACAGCUGCAAGCUCAAAAGGGCGUAGAUCGCUUUCCCAUGUAUUGCAUACAGCUGGCUUUCCGCAUGCCAGGUCAGCGUGCUGGAUCAGCUGCCGAGAAUCUCAACGAUGCCACGCUGAAAAGUUUGGUUGACAUUCUCGAGGCAUCUGUCACAGCCUGGCUCGAUAGCCAUGGUUUCCGGCCCAGGAAACGUAGAAGAAGACGGAACGAACUACAGCAACGUCCAGCAGUAGCAUCAAACUCGACUCUACGGCAGUCUGCGGGUUCUACUUCACGAACUCUAUCGUGUCGUCGUCCAGUAUCUCAAAGCUCGUCUGUGCCUGAGCAGAGUUUCAUCAAUCAGGACCGCGACGCACUACGGCCCACUUCUAAGCGCAGAAAGAUCGUCGAUCUAUCCACCGGCGAUGCGUCUGCGGCCAGUAGGCCAAGAGCACUACAAGAUCACGAGGCCGAUGUAAUGCUACAAAGCCACAUACGUGCUGGCAGGCUGGAAGGCAAACCGCAUGGUAUCCAUAGACCGACGUUCUCAGUCACUAAGAGAGCGCCAGAGGUUACGGAUGAAAGAUCUCAACCACACCAUACUGUUGAUCGAAGCAGCCCAGUUCGUUCUCAAGCUACGAUCGAUGACCCUGGCUCCAAGCCGCUGCGAGCAAACAGUCUCGAGAAUGCAGAUCAACAAGCGCACAGCGUCAGGAUUCCAACAUCAGGUACAAUGUUACGGCCUUCGAGCACAGAUCAAAACAACGUUGUAGCUGCCACGGGACAUAGUCCAAAUGAUAAGCCUGCACCAACAAGUGACGACUUUAGUGGUCUAGACGAUGCCGAUAUACUUCAGGCCGAGGAGGACAGUGGUCUUGGUCCAGCUCCUGCUGCUACCUUGCUGGAUACUGAAGAAAUGGGCGGGGAGGACAUUGUAUCCUGGAGAGAUCCGGUCAGCAAGCAGCCGUAUCGGGUGAAUUCGAGGACGGGCGUCGUACUUCCUGCAACAUCGGCUCCCGAGCAGCCUAGUUUGGGAGCUGACACUGACUCGGCAAAACGGCAGAGUGCAGGUAUCAACACUGCCUUAUCAUCGACUGGAAAGCCAUUGAGUCUCUCCAAAAGAGCAGCUCUUGCAGCGAAAGAUGGCACAAAGGAGGAUUUGGCCACGAAAGCUAAAUGGCUCCCGGGUUUCUUGAAAGAGUGGAACAACCCUGUCUUCGUGUCCAGACAGGAAGAGCAAAUAUCCGUCGCCUCGAUCGAUGGGCCGGGCCUUCUCGAGCAUGAAGAUCAAGCCAACUGUUGUGCUCGUGGCGCUGCUGGCCUGCAUACUUCCGUACAAGCCAGCGUUCACGCGGCUGGCACCAAGCUGUCCAAGGUAGCCCUCAAGCACGCACAGGUCAUCGCUCAAGUCGAUCGGAAAUUCAUACUCUGCAAAAUGCCAGCAUCAGCAACGAUCCCACACGUCACAUCCGCUCCUUCCACGCUGCUCGUCCUGAUCGACCAACACGCCGCCUCCGAACGUGUUAUUCUCGAAUCGCUUCUCAGUUCACUCUUUACUAAAGAUGGUGUCGUCGCAACCACGAACAUCGCGCUGGAGACUACCAAAGCCCAAACUCUCCGCUACAUCAUCUCAGCACAGGAACACUCCCUCUUCCAGAAAUACCAGGCCCACUUCAACCUCUUCGGUAUCCAUUACAAUUCCCAACCCACCCAGCCCCUCGCUACCAAUGCAGCAAAACAACAAUACCGCUUAGUCGUGACAGACCUCCCAACCGUCAUCGCGGAACGUUGUUCCAGACUUCCAACGAUCUGCAUCGACCUCCUUCGCUCCGAAAUCUGGAGUCUCCAUGACGGCACUCGCAACGCCGUCAGUACCCUCUCCGCGUCACGCGAACACGAGCUGGCGAGGAAUGAGCCAUACUGGAUCAAAAUCCUACCACUCCUACCACCCAGACUCCUUGCGCUCCUCCAGUCCCGCUCAUGUCGAAGCGCAGUCAUGUUCAAUGAUUUCCUGUCUUUCUCCCAGUGCGAAGCUCUCGUUACAGAUUUGGGAGGUCGUGUGUUUCCUUUCGGGUGUGCGCAUGGUAGGGUUAGCAUGGUGCCUUUGGUUGAUAUGGGGAAAGACGGUGAAGGGAUAGGAACUGGGAUAGGGGAUAUCGAGAAAGAUACUAGGUGGACAAGGAGGUCUAAAGAUGAAAGUGAGGAGUAUGAGAUCAAGUGGAGCAGCAGGGAAGGCGGUGUUGAUGUCGGGGCGUUGGGGGCGUGGAUGAAAGGGAAGAAGCCUGGAGCCAAACACGAUGUAGACGAGAGUGCGAUAGCCUGA